AUGAAUGAAAUGAAUGAAUAGAAGAGAAUGAAAGACCUUGCACAAACAAAUUUAAAAUUUGUUUUUGUUUGAUUGAUGUCGGAUUGUCGCUAUUAGCGACUCGCUAAGCAAGGAGGAUUUUAAGCUGUUUUGUGUUUUAAUUUUAGUUUACGGAUAUAUUCCUUUCCUCUUACUAUAAAUAUAUCUGAAAACUUUCAAGCAUGGCUUCAUUAGCAGCCGCCCAAGUGCAAGAGGUGCGCUCCAUAACGCGUAUCGAGCGAAUUGGAGCACAUUCUCAUAUUCGGGGGUUAGGUCUCGAUGAUUCCUUGGAGCCCCGCGCUGUGUCCCAGGGCAUGGUGGGUCAGAAAACGGCAAGAAAAGCCGCCGGAGUCGUAUUGCAGAUGAUUCGAGAAGGUAAAAUAGCAGGCCGCGCUGUGCUGUUGGCCGGGCAACCGGGCACCGGCAAGACAGCUAUAGCCAUGGGCCUGGCCCAGGCUUUAGGACCGGACACACCUUUCACAAGCAUGGCAGGUUCCGAAAUAUAUUCUUUGGAGAUGAGCAAGACUGAAGCGCUUACUCAAGCCAUCAGGAAAUCUAUUGGUAUUAGAAUCAAAGAAGAAUCAGAGAUAAUAGAAGGCGAGGUGGUAGAGGUGGUGGUGGAGCGCGCGGCGGGGGGCGGAGGCGCGCGGGUGGGGAGGCUCACUCUAAAGACCACCGACAUGGAAACUAACUAUGACAUGGGUGCCAAGAUGAUCGACUCGCUGCUCAAGGAAAAGGUGCAAGCCGGUGACGUCAUAACCAUAGACAAGGCUACAGGCAAGAUCAACAAGCUUGGGAGGAGUUUCGCCAGAGCCAGAGACUAUGACGCUACGGGCCAGCAAGCCCGCUUCGUGCAGUGCCCAGAAGGCGAGCUGCAGAAGCGCAAGGAGGUCGUUCACACCGUCACGUUGCACGAGGUCGAUGUCAUCAACUCCAGAACACACGGGUUCUUGGCACUUUUCUCUGGCGACACGGGCGAGAUAAAAUCUGAGAUUCGCGAGCAGAUAAACAGCAAAGUGGCGGAGUGGAGGGAGGAGGGGAAGGCAGAGAUGAUUCCCGGAGUGUUGUUCAUUGAUGAGGCCCACAUGCUGGACAUCGAAUGCUUCUCGUUCCUGAACCGUGCGCUGGAGUCGGAGACGUCGCCGGUGGUGAUGAUGGCCACCAACCGCGGCAUCACGCGCAUCCGCGGCACCGCGUACUGCAGCCCGCACGGCAUCCCGCUCGACCUCUUGGACAGGAUGAUCAUUGUGCCCACCGCGCCUUAUCCGCACAAGGAGCUCAGAGAAAUACUCAAUAUUAGAUGUGAAGAGGAAGACUGUCAGAUGUCGGCUGACGCGCUGACAGUGCUCACGCGCGUGGCAACAGAGACGUCGCUGAGAUACGCGAUACAGCUCAUCACUACUGCGUCGCUGGUGGCCAAGAGGAGGAAGGCUACUGAGGUGAGCAUGGAAGACGUGAAGAAAGUGUACUCCCUGUUCUUGGACGAGCAUCGCUCGGAGCAGUUCCUGAAGGAGUACCAGGACGAGUUUAUGUUUAACGACGGGGGCGGAGAUGCCCCCCAGAUGAUGGAAGUGGCUCAAUAAAUCUCUCACCUGAGCGAUAUCGCGGUUCUUCCUUGGCCGUUGGACGUCGGAGCCCAGGAUCCGCGUAAAAUAUUCCUAAUCUAUACACAAUAAUUGGGUUACAAUCUCGUUGUGAGAUUACAAUAAAACUUUAAAGAUGUUUUACUUUCAUUUUGAAUUAAAACAGUAUUUUUUUGUUACUUAAAAAUGAGGAAUUGUUUUCGUUUUAAUACUGUUAGAAAUAAACAUUGAAACACAGUAAAAUGGAGUGAAAUGACACCAGGCUUGAAAUAAAUAUAAUCGGCUAGUUGCUUAAAUUUAACUGAAUAAAUGUGACGAUAAGCUAUAAAACCGUAAAAUCAUUAAUAACGCUCUGUUCUAUGAACACGUCCAAUGUUGUUUUGCACGGUGUGACGUAACGCUUUAUGAUUGGUGUUCACUGUCACGUGACUUAAUGCCUAUAUUUUCAUAACUUGUUUUGCGAAAAUUUCAACAAUCGUAUUUUUUUUUAAAUUGAAUAAAUUGAUUUCUCUUUAUCUACAUAUCAAAAUUAUUUUUAGACAUUAAUCUAUCACAUUUGUUCUUAGUGUAUACAUACCUGUUAAAUUAAAAGUUAAAGCAAGAAUGAUUAAUCAGUGACAGUGAUUAGUGUGGUGUACGUAAUAAAAGCUUUUAAUGUCAACCCUGGGCUAUUGGGAGUCACAGCUCCGAAUGCAACAGGGAACACGCAUUUUUUAAGUUAUUAUAUUCAACCUUUUCCUUCAUUUUCUUGACAAACUGUAAUACCUUUUAAUACUUGGAUGACCUUCUGCGAUUGUUUUUUUAAGCCUGGUGUUAAUAAUUAUUUACUUCUUCUUCGUAGUCGUAUUCCUCAUGGCUGAGGGUCGUGGUCAUUACGUGGAAUGAAACACACACAACUUUCUUGGCAUUAUCAAUGGAGUGGUUUGCCAUUGCCUUCUCCAUUUCACACACAAGUUAAUAAUAACAACCAGUGUGCAGGUUUCCUCACGAUGUUUUCCUUCAUCGGAUUAUAUAUUAUUUACUUGCGGAUAUUGUAAACUAUACAAUAUUUCCAUGAACUAUCCUUGUUUUGGAAAACGAUUGUGAUGUUACAGUUAUAUUUUUGUAUUCGUAAAUAUGUUUAAGUUACUUUUAAGUUUUAGUCAAGUAUUCCAAUAAAGUACCAUCAGAAACAA